AUGUUUGUUGGAUUUGUUUCGUUGAUUAUGGCUGCAUUCAAUCAGCACGAUAUACUCGUGAAGAUCGACAUGUUGCACAAGAAAACAGGCGUAUCAACGUUCUACGAGCUAUUCAACGUACGCAAGGACGCAUCGAUGACCCAGAUAAAUCACGUCUUCAGAAAAGCAAACAAGAGCCAGGUGAAUCCGUACAAGGGCAAAUUGAGUGACUCAGAGUACAAGAGUCUCAUUAUGACAGCGUAUAGCACCCUGAAGAAUCACAGGGAGAAAUACGACGGUGUUCUGGCAAAUGGAAAGAUGAUAUUCAUCAAUCACAAGAAGAACUUCAAGACAAACAGUCUCACGUUGAUUCUGUUUGGAAUCAUCACAAUUGUGCUGGUUGAUUUCUCAGUCUUCAUCAGGAACUACCUGAAAUACACGGCAAUGCCAAAGAAGAGAAGGAAGGCAAUGCCAAGGAUGUUUAUUUAUUCAGCAUAUGCCAAAAUAAAAGGAUUGUGA